AUGGUUAAUGUUACCAGAGCUCAACGCGUGGAAAUUAUUCAAUAUACAGCUGAUCAAAUACAUCGCCACAUUUUGUAUUUCCGGUGUUAUUUGUUUAUUAAAUUAUUGUAUUUGAUCAAUAUUGUCAGUCAAUUAAUAUUAUUACACGUCUUGGUCGGGGUUCGAUUAUUUCGUUUUGAUUCGCUCAUGAAAAACUUUUCUCCAAAAAUUUAUUGUCUCAUUCAAAUACAAUCGACCGGUUUUAUUGUCGAUGGAACACAUCCAAUAUUUACUGUACAUGCUGAGUGCCUGUUGCACUUGGACAUGUAUUUAGGAAUUAUCUAUUUAAUGUUUGGGUACCGGCUCGUUUUUAUUGGAAUAUGUACAAUUUACAGAAUUUGUGGUGCUCUGAUAUCGUCGAUAACACUAAAACGGCUACACAACAUUCGAAAACAUCUUUUAUUGAGCAAUACAAACCGAGAAGAUGUAACUCGAUUUGUUGAACGAUUUGAAUCAGAAUACUGUCGUCGAGAUGGCUAUUUGAUUUUUUUGUUUAUUCGUGCUCAAGUUGGAACAACUUUGAUAGGUAAGUUCUUGUUUAUUCACGUGGUUCUAUUGGUCAUCUCUCAUCGUAUCGUUUCUCAAAUUCAAUCCUUACCAAUGUCACGUUUGAUCAUUCGUACGUAUUUGAAUUCUCUCACAAAAUCCUUCGAUGAUUUACCACACUUAACCAAUGAUCAAUAUAUGAAGCUGAUAGAAAAGUUAUCGCACCAGAUUGAUAACUUUUCAAAUGAACUGUCAAUGGACAGUUCAUCGAGUUCAGAAGAUGUCGCUGUCAGCCGGGAUCAAUCAAAACAGAUGGUAAAGAUGAUACUUGAACAACAUGAUCUUAUGGUUAAAACACUCUGUUCUCAACACGUUCGUGUCUCUCCUGUCAAUGUGUCUUCGCCUCAGUCGGGGCUGCCACAACAAGUGUCUAGUCAAACCUCAUCGUUGGUGGAUAGUCACAUUGGAUCGAGUCAUACUGAUAACACUUUGUCAUCCACACCGGUUCAACAGAGGGAAAUUACGACUUCUCCCCUUAAGAAAGCAAAACAGUUUGAAUUAGUGACAACAGCUGGAUCGAGCAUUACUCGAGGUCUUGGUAAUGGGACAAUCGAUUUUUCGAAUAAGUCAUUUCGAUAUCAUGUUUACACGAAAAAUGGUGCUGGGAUCGAGAGAAUGACUGAGUUUCUCAAAGAAAAACACUUCAAACCGUCACCUCACUUCAUUGUUUGUGUUGGCACGACCAAUUUGAAAUAUGACAAACCGAGUGAUGCCCUUGAUAAAACAGAACUUUUGAUCGCGACAUUUAAAAACUCGUAUCCAAAUUCGAAAUUAGCUUUAACCACCCUAUCUCCAAUGAAUAUUUGUGGCCUGAAAGCCUCAGUUGAAGCUCUAAAUGAGGAUAUUAGAGAAUACAACGGCAACUUAGCAUCUCUAACCAUUAGUAUGGGUGUCGACUUGAUACCGAUUGAUUAUGAUGAGCGCGAUAUGAUAUCAUCACUUGAGCGAUUCAGUGUGCCUCAGGGGUCUAUUUUGGGUCCCCUGUCUUCCUCAUUUUUAUCAAUGAUCUGUCUCCGCCUACUUCGUCAUUAG